GUCACCACCAACUACCACGCUAGCACGAAUAAAUAACCAGGCCGGUACCUGUCGUCCUCAUUCUUGUCGUCAAGUUUACCAAUCGAGUAACUGAGCAACACAUCUCGGCAUCUCCUAUCCUGUUGCUGGAGGUCGCGGUGCGCAGGCUCAUGGCGGCCGCUAUCUCCAGUCCCCCCAGCGAAAGGGUUGCUGUGGUCACCGGCGGCAACAAAGGGAUCGGGCUGGAGGUGUGCAGGCAGCUUGCUAGCAAUGGCAUCACCGUCAUCUUAACAGCCAGGGACGAGGAGAGGGGCGCCUCCGCCGUGGAGAAGCUCACAGCAGCUGCAGGGCUCUCCGAUGUCAUCUUCCAUCAGCUGGAGGUCACCGAUGCUCAGAGUAUUGCUCGAUUGGCUGGCUUCCUGAAGGAACGUUUCGGGAAGCUAGACAUCCUGGUAAAUAAUGCUGCUAUCGGCGGGGUUCAGACACUUCCCGUCCAAGAUCUGAGCGCCGAAAAGUUCAGUGGCAUGGAUGCGAGGCAGAGGGCUGAAUGGAUGUGGAAAAAUUGCCGGGAGACGUGCGACGCUGCAAAGGCAGGGAUCCAGACGAACUACUACGGCACAAAGAACGUAACCGAAGCACUGCUGCCUCUGCUGCAAGCCUCCACCGAUGGAAGGAUCGUCAAUGUCUCCUCCGACUUCGGGCUGCUAAGUCAUUUCAGCAGCGAGGAGCUGAAGCAGGAGCUGAACGAUGUCGAGAGCCUCACCGAGGGGAGGCUGGACGAGGUGCUGGCCAUGUUCCUGAACGACUUCGAGGCCGGCGAGGUGGAGGCGCGCGGGUGGCCGGCGGCGUUCGCGGCGUACAAGGUGGCCAAGGCGGCCAUGAACGCCUACUCGAGGGUCCUGGCGAGGCGGCACCCCGAGCUGCGCGUCAACUGCGCGCAUCCCGGCUACGUGAAGACCGACAUGACCAGGCACUCGGGCUUGCUGACACCUGAGGAGGGCGCGCGCAACGUGGUGAAGGUGGCGCUGCUCCCGGAAGGCGGGCCGACCGGCGCGUUCUUCGCGUUGGGCCAGGAGGCACCGUUCGUGAUACUAGAUCAACUUGUCACUGAAGAACACGGAAUGCAUUGGCAGGCUGGUCCUGUUCCAAAACCCAAGCAGCACAUCGCUGCCUGUCUUCCCUCUGGCCUUGAGCAUAGCGAGCCUGGAGUUAUGGAAAGGAGCAGCGGCCCCGAUCCUUCCGGCAAAAGGGUUGCGGUUGUCGCCGGAGGGAACAAAGGAAUUGGGCUGGAGGUAUGCAGGCAGCUGGCUUCCAGGGGUGUCAUGGUGAUCCUGACGGCAAGGGACGAAAAAAGGGGCUCAGAAGCAGUGGAGAUGCUUCAUGAGUCGGGGCUUCCUGAUGUUCAGUUCCACCGGUUGGAUGUCAGUGAUCCAUCCGGCGCGGCCCGUCUGGCUGAGUUCAUCAAGGAGAAGUUUGGCAGGCUAGAUAUACUGAUCAAUAAUGCAGGUGUUCUAGGUGCAACAGCAGAGAUUGACACCACAGUACCAAUUCAGGAAGUGCUCGUAGGCAAGAGCGCAAUGGAGAGGCUCCAAUGGUUGCUGCAGCGCUCCACGGAGAGCUAUGAGGAAGCAGAAGAAUGUCUGAAAAUAAACUACUUCGGCACCAAAUAUGUGACUGAGGCACUUCUCCCUAUCCUCCUGUCCACCUCUGACGGACGGCUCAUCAACGUGUCAUCCAACUACGGACUCCUCCGAUAUUUCAGUGGCGAAAAUCUUAAGCAGGAGUUGAGCGAUGUUGAAAAUCUGACCGUAGAGAGGCUGGACGAGAUGUCUGAACUGUUCCUGAAAGACUACAAGAAUGGCCAGUUGAAAUCUAACGGAUGGCCUCACGAUUCUGAAUACCUGGCCUACAAGGUGUCCAAGGCUCUGAUCAAUGGCUACACCAGGAUAAUGUCGAAGAAGUACCUGGAGUUGCGCAUCAACAGCGUGCACCCUGGCUACUGCAAGACUGACAUCAACUUUGACACUGGCGAAUACACCGCAGAGGACGGUGCCAGUUGCAUUGUUUCGGUGGCCCUAUUGCCGGAGGGAGGCCCAACAGGUGUGUUCUUCUUCCGCACAGAAGAAGCACCAUUUGUGUAGCACAUGAAGGUUCACUCACUCAUGUAACAAAUAUGGUAGCGUCAUGCUUAGAAUUGUGUCUCAGAAUUGCUUUUUUUGUCCCGGUUUGUAAAGGCCUUAUUUACUACGCAC